AUGCUCCGCGGCGCGUCUGCAUCCCACGUCGACGCCCUUCGUCGGGUCGCGUGGUUCCGACCCAACGCGGACGUGCGCGGCGUCACUGGACCGCGACGUGCGCUGCUCAUGGCGAAUGGCGACGUGGCAACGUUCGCUGAACUCUCUGGAGCUGUGCUUCGAUCAGUGCCUGUGCGGCAAAAGAGAUGGCAUCCAGUCGUGGCCUAUGGCAAGGCCAUUGCAGCUCAGCGGCAGGCCUCGCUCUGGCAGGGCGCGCUGCUUGGGGUGCGCGAGCUGAGUCGCCACGCCUUGCAAGGCAACACAAUUACCUGGGGUGCAUGCCUUACGGCCAGCGCGUGGCAAGAGUCCUUGGCGGCCUUGACGCACAUGCGAUGGCAGGGUGUGGAGCUCAAUGUGAUCAGCUACAGUUCCAUCUCUGAUGAGUGGCGCUUGGCCAAGCAGCUCUUGGAUGACAUGCAACGGGUUCUGCGCCUGGAUGUGGUGGCGUACAAUGCCACCAUGAAGACUUGGCCCUUGGCCCAGCAGCUCUUAGAGGAGAUGUCCUUUCGAGGCCUCUCUCACACCCAGACGUCUCGGAAUCUUUGCAUUGCGAACUGGGCGACUGCACUGCUCUUGGCUCAGGAUCUUUUGGGCUAUAGCAGCAUCAUCACGAAAUCGCCUUGGUAUCGAAGUACACAGACGCUUCAACACUUGCAGGUGUCACUCCUGCAGCCAGACGUGGCGGCCUACAAUGCCACCAUGAGCUCCUGUGGGCAGCGCAACAAAUGGCUUGAGGCAUUGCACUGCUUGUACGGAAUGCUUCAUCGGCGUGUCAGUGGGCCGGCGCUGGCCCCAGCGAUGGGCACGUGGGACUCGGCGCUUUGGUUGCUGGACUCGAAGCUGGAAAGCUCCAUCGUGGCCUGCGGAGCGGCCAUCAGUGCGUGUGUCAAGGGAGAUCGCUGGGAACGAGCACUGCUCUUGCAUUCCAAGCGAUCCUUCGCAGGGAAUUCGUUGACCUUCAACUCGGCCGUGAGCGCUUGCGAAGAGGGCAGUCACUGGCGCUUGGGUUUUGCGCUGGUGGCUGCGAUGCAGGAUGCACGGCUUCAAACCGACAUGAUCACCUACAACUCAGCCAUCAGUGCAGCUGAGAAGUGCAAAGUUUGGCAGGAGGCUUUGACUGUGUUCAACGACUUACCGCACGGCGAUGCUGAUGUGGUCACAUACUGUGCCACCAUGAAAGCAUGCCGGCCUAUUUGGCCGGUGAUUUUGCGCCUGAUGGAUGAACUGGAAGCGAAAACGAUGGAGGAGACGAAUGCCUUGUGCUACGACGAGGCGGUGCGCGCAUGCGAUCUGGGUGGCCGAUGGAAGCAUCAGAGGAGCACUGAACCCUGUCGCAUGAAUGUCGCUGCACACAAUGCUGCCAUCAGUCAGUGUGCCAAAGACAAGCGCUGGCAGCCAGCGGCGCAAUACUUCCAGCAGCUGCGCCAAAGGCGAUUGGAAGGCAACGAGAUCACUCAGACCGCGCUGCUCAAUGUGCUGUCCAAGAGCCUCCAGUGGUCCACUGCUGUGGAUGCCUUGCAGGCCUUCCGAGUGCAGCACUUUCAGCCCAAUGUCAUCACCUACGGCGCCGCCGUCAGCGCUGCAACCCGCGGCGCAGUCCACUGGAGCGAGAUGUGCGGGCUGCUGUGCCAGAUGUCGGAGAAGGCCUUGGAAACCAAUUGUGUGGUCUACAGCACCAGCAUCAGUGCUUGUGAUGACUGGCCGCAAGCAGUGCAGUUGCUUUCAGAUUUACAACAGAGGUCGUCCGCGAACCUGGUCUGCUACAACGCGGCGGCGCAAGCUUCGUGGCCUCACAACCUGGAGAUCUUGGAGGCCACCGAGCUCCGCUCCCUGCAGCCCAACGUGGUCUCCUUCGGCGCGGCCUUGCGCGGUGGUCCUUGGGCCGCUGGACUGCGGCUCUUGCAGCAGAUGGGUGACAGGCAGCUGCGCUGCAGUUUGGUGGCCUAUGGCGCUUUCUUUGCUAACGCUCCAGCAUGGAAUCUUCUCCUAACGCUCCAGGACCAGGGAAUCCAGCCGAAUUUGCAGAUCUACAGCUCCAGUUUCCCCGUGAUGCCCUGGCGCCGAGCCUACCAGAGCUUCUUCUCGCCGCGGAUCACCGCGGAUCUGGUGGCCUUCUGCGCCGUGAUGACGGCAGAGGACCAUCAGGGCCCUUGGGCGCAGACCUUGGCGCUCCUCUCGCAGGCUCAUGGGCGUCGUUUCUGCUCGGUGAGCUUGUGGGUGGCCUGCAUCAGCACCUGCGAGAGGUCCGGCUCGUGGCCAGCGGCCUUGUCCAUGCUGCGGGAAGCGCCCUUCGGCGACGUCAAGAUUCGGAACGCGGCCCUCAGCACCUGCGGGAAGGCGGCGCAAUGGGAGCGUGCCUUGGAGAUCUUGUGGAAGACUCCUCAGGUGCAUCUAAAAAUCAACACCGUCUCCAUGAACGCCGCAAUCAGUGCCUGUGAGAAAGCCGCACUUUGGCAAAAGGCUUUGGACUUGUACGAAGAGAUGCCCAAGAUCUCACUGAAGGCGGACAGCAUCACGUGCAAUGCCCUGAUCAGUUCCUUCGAGAAGUCAGCGCUUUGGCGGUGGGCGCUACAUUUUCUGCAUGCUUUUGGGCUGUCCGAUGUGGUCGCCUACAAUGCAGCAGUGAGUGCCUGUGAAAAGUCUGGGCAGUGGCAAGCUGCGGUUGGUAUACUUGCAGACAUGCGCACCAGUGUCGUGCAGGCAGAUCGCAUCACCUACAACGCCUCAAUCUCGGCCUGUGAAAAGUGCGGCAUGUGGACCAUGGCCUUGCAUCUUCUCGAAGAGCGUCAAGGUGAUGUUGAUACCGUGACCUUGAGUGCCACCAUCAGUGCCUGUGAGAAAGGCCAUCAGUGGCCUUUGGCAUUGGAGCUUCUACAGAAGAUGGAAGAGCUGGAACUGGACAUGGAAGCCAUCACCUACAACGCCGCCAUCAGUGCUUGUGAGAAGGGCUUCCAAUGGGAAAAGGCCUUGCAUCUGUUCAAGCUUUGCACGAGCGGUGGAAAGCAGCCAGGAAGUAUCGUCACCUACAGCGCUCUUAUCACAGCUUGCGGAAAAUGCGAGCAAUGGCGACAAGUUCAGACUUUGCUGGAUGAGUUGCACGAGUUCCAAAUGGAAGCGAAUUCCAUCACCUGCAACGCAGUGAUCAGUGCUUAUCGCAAGGCAGAGCAGUGGCAGUUGGCGCUGGCCUUUUUCAAGCAGCUCCAAGUGGAUUCGGCACCCAUGGAUGCCAGCAAGCUGCAAAGUUUGGGGCACAAGAUCGACAGCAGGGCAACGGUGGUUGGAACGCCAUGCGUAUGUUUAGCUGGAAUGCCCCGCAAAGCAGUGGCAUCGAAGUGGUUUGAUUUCUUGAACAGUUCGUCCUUCCUGUCUUUCUUCCUUCCACUUUGUUUGUUGCUUUCAUACAACCGCGAUGAGAGAUGAAUUUAGUACCUCAUUCUGUAGUGGAAGAGGCUUGACUAGUACUAAUGGUCUCAAAUGCUCUCGGUAAAGCUGAACGGUUGUACCAAGGAACUGAAAUCCCAGCUUGGCAGAGGAAGAAGAAUUCAGUUUCAAUGAUUUGCGGCUAUAGCCGCUAUGCGAUCCGUUUCUUUUUGGUUCUUGAGCAAAAACCCUCACCUCUUUGUUCCUCGCUAGGCCUUAAUCUUUGCCGCUGCCUCAGAUGCAGCUGCCACAGGGCAACGUGAGCUGUUAGAGACUGAGCUGCUGCCUUUGGCACAAAGUCGGGCCCUGGACAAUCUGCGCCAGAGACUUCAUGUGGAG